AUGGAAAUGAUGCCAUUGGACACCAAGGAGUUGGUCAUUCUGCCAAACAAGAUGACCAUGGCAGGAAAACAGAGACCAGAUGUCAGAGAUGCCAGGAAGCCAAGAAAGAGCAAGAAGAAGGAAAAGAAGCCAGAAGAACCUCCUUUGAUAGAUGGAGCCACACCUGUUUCAAUGUUCUCCCUGGUCUACAAAAUUAGAUCUCUGUUCCUCCAAGGCAUCCUCAGACAGGACAUUGGAUGGUUUGACACCCACCAAAGUGGUGACUUUGCCAGCAGAAUCACUGAGGACUUGAACAAGUUGCAAGAGGGCAUCGGAGAAAAAGUGGGAAUGUUUGUCUACUUUAUGACUGUAUUUGUGGCCUCCCUCAUCAGUGCUUUUGUGUAUGGUUGGGAGCUCAGUUUGGUGAUCCUUUCUGUGAUGCCUGUUCUGAUGAUUGCAAGUGGUGUCAUGGCAAAGGUGCAAAGUUCUAUAGCAGAAUUGGAGCUACAGGCUUAUGGAACAGCUGGAGCAGCUGCUGAAGAAGUUAUUUCCUCCAUCAGGACUGUGGUGGCCUUUGGAGGCCAACAGAAAGAAGUUCAAAGAUAUGUUAUUUUGUCAAGGUAUGAGGAAAGACUUGUCACAGCAAGACAGCUGGGCAUCAAGAGAUCAUUGUGGACAGGGCUUGGAGGUGGACUGGCUUGGUUCAUGAUUUUUGUAUCCUAUGCCCUGGCUUUUUGGUAUGGACCAAAGUUGAUCCUGGAACAAAGGCACUUGGAAAACCCAACAUAUGACCCAUCAGUGUUCAUGAUAGUGAAUAGUUUAUUGAGUGUGUUUUUCAAUGUCCUCAUGGGAGCCAUGAACAUUGGACAAGCUGCUCCUUAUGUUGAAGCAUUUGCAGUGGCCAGAGCAGCAGGAGGAACUUUGUUCUCAGUCAUUGACAGGCAGCCUUCCAUAGACAGCAGUUCUGAGGCUGGAUUCUUUGGGUUCAAUUAG